AUGCGUAUGGGGUUUCUGCCUCGGAUCGGUAGAGGCAGAGGCACAAGUGCCCUUCCCUCGGAUUUCUCCCUUGCUUGGGCUAUGAAAGCUGCAGCCAGGGGCAAAUUCUGCAAAUACUACAGCGGGCACCACAAGGCGUUUUUGAUCGACGACGACUACGACGACUCCUCCUCCCUGAAGCGUCGCAGCAAGGCAGUUUGA